AUGAGGAGAAGGAUGGUGUCUGAAGAAGAAAAGAUAUUCGCGAAGAAUUUCAGUAUCGAGAAUCUCCCCGACGUCCCUGCCGGACUUCCUCCGCAUCUCAAACUCAAGAAAAAUCGCGCCGCCUCUAAAACUCAAGCUCCUGUUGAUGGUAUCAUUUACUCGGCUAACAAUGUCUCUAUGGGAGCAGAAGAUAGUGUGAAACUAGAUAACUUCAAUGAGAAUUUUAAAGUCGAUGUGAUAAGUUGCACAGAGACAGAUAUGGAGUUUGAUAUGAUCGGUAUCGAUGCUGCCUUUGCGAAUGCGUUCCGAAGAAUCCUUAUAGCUGAGGUUCCUACAAUGGCUAUUGAGAAAGUACUUAUAGCAUACAACACAUCGGUUAUUAUAGACGAAGUUCUUGCUCACAGGAUUGGUCUUAUUCCUAUUGCCGCAGAUCCAAGACUCUUUGAAUAUAUAUCCGGAAAUGAUCAGCCGAAUGAAAAGAACACCAUUGUUUUCAAACUGCAUGUGAAAUGUCCAGAAAGACAACCACGUCUUAGUGUUUUGACGGACGAAUUGAAAUGGUUACCAAACGGAAGUGAGUUUCUCAAAGAAUCAGGAGGUUCAACCUCAUCAAAGCCAAAAACUUACACUUCAUUCAGCUGUAGCCAAGACUCUUUACCUGAAUUCGCGAGUAAUCCUAUCACUCCGAGCCACCUCGAUAUCUUGAUAGCUAAACUCAGCCCUGGUCAGGAAAUCGAGCUCGAAGCUCAUGCGGUUAAGGGCAUUGGUAAAACACAUGCAAAGUGGUCUCCAGUAGGGACGGCUUGGUACCGAAUGCUUCCUGAGGUGGUUCUACGAGGGGAAGUUGAGGAUGAGAAUGCUGAACGGCUCGUAAAAGCCUGUCCACAGAAUGUUUUUGACAUUGAAGACAUGGGCAAUGGUAGGAAAAGGGCUACAGUAGCGCAGUCUCGUAAUUGCACGAUGUGUAAGGAAUGCAUAAGAGACCAUGACUUGGUAGAUCUGGUGGAUCUGCGCACUGUUAAGGACCAUUUUAUAUUUAAAAUUGAGUCAACUGGAUCACUGCCUCCGGAUGUUCUUUUCACUGAAGCUGUGAAGAUAUUGGAAGAUAAAUGUGAACGUGUGAUCGCUGAUCUCUCCUGA